CCCUCCCCGGGUACCGCCCGUCCCGCGGAGCCCCUGCGAGCCGCGACCCCAGUCCGGGCCGCAGUCCACAACACCCCGUGGAGGUAGCGCACGGCCCUCGAAAAAACAUACCAGGUCGGAGGCCAACAACAGUAACACAAAAUGGCGGACGAUGAGCGCAAGCGUUUGGAGGAGGCGAAGAAGGCCAAGCAGGCCGAGAUCGACCGCAAGCGUGCUGAGGUGCGCAAGCGGAUGGAGGAGGCCUCCAAAGCCAAGAAGGCCAAGAAGGGUUUCAUGACCCCUGACAGGAAGAAGAAGCUCAGGUUGCUGCUCAGGAAGAAAGCUGCCGAGGAACUGAAGAAGGAACAGGAACGCAAAGCAGCCGAAAGAAGGCGCAUCAUUGAAGAGCGCUGCGGUAAACCAAAGAACAUUGACGACGCCAAUGAAGGCCAGCUUAAGUCAAUCUGCCAGGAUUACUACAAGAAAAUCAAUGACCUUGAAAGCAAGAAAUGGGAUAUUGAGUAUGAAAUCAAGAAAAAAGACAUGGAGAUCUCCGACCUUAACAGCCAGGUGAACGACCUCCGCGGUAAAUUCGUCAAACCUACCUUGAAAAAGGUAUCCAAGUACGAGAACAAGUUCGCCAAGCUCCAGAAAAAGGCUGCCGAAUUCAACUUCCGUAACCAACUCAAGGUGGUCAAGAAGAAGGAAUUCACACUGGAGGAAGAAGACAAGGAGAAAAAGCCCGACUGGUCGAAGAAGGGAGACGAAAAGAAGGAUUCCGACGAGGAGGAAGAGGAGGAGCCGGAGGAGCCGCCCGAGGUGAAGGUGACGGAGGCCGUCAAGAUCGUGGCCGGCAAGGCGGAGCACGCCGUGGAGGAGGCCGAGCACGCCCUGGAGCUGCUGCGCGUCGUGCAGGAGAUGCUGCACCCCCGGACGCCCACGCCCACGCCCGAGCCUGAGGAGCCGCCGCCGCCAGAGCCCGAGCCCGAAGAGCCUCCACCGCCCACGCCCGAGCCGGAACCCGAGCCGGAGCCGGUGCCGCCGACACCGGAGCCCGAGCUGCCGCCUGAGCCGACACCGGAACCGGAACCGGAAAUGGACGAAGAGGAGCGGCGCGCCAAGGUGGCCGCGGACAAGGCCGAGGCCAUGGCGGCGCAGCUUGAGCAGCUGCUGGCGGAGAUCGAGGGCAUGGUGCAGGUCAUCGUGCCCACGCCCGCGCCCACGCCGGAGCCGCCCGCCGUCGUGGAGGUCGUGGAGCCCGAGGCCGGCGCCGAAGCGCCACCAGCAGAGGGCGCGCCGCCCACGCCAGAACCGGAACCCGUGCCCACGCCCGAGCCAGAGCCCGUCGAGCCGGAACCGGAACCGGAGCCAGAGCCGGAACCGGAACCAGAGCCCGACCCCGCCCUCGAGCUGCUCGAGCACCUCGACGAAGACCCCGCGCUCAAGGAGGAGGUCAAGAGCAUCGCGCUGCGCGCCAAGGCCGCCAAGGAGAGGAUAGAGGACACCAUGCACAAGCUCAAGGAGACCCUGGCCGAGACCGGGCAGAAGGCCCUGCUCGACGUGCUCAAGGCCGCGCACAAGGCCGCCCUCGAGGCCACCGCCAGCCUGGCCGCGCACGCCGCCGAGGCGGGGCCGCGGCCGUGACACCAGCGGCCACGC